GUUGAUGAUGACGAUGAUGAUGAUGAUGAUGAUGAUGAUGAUGAUGAUGAGGUUGAUCGUGAGGAUGGUGAUGAUGAUGAUGAUGAUGAUGAUGAUGAGGAUGAUGAUGAUGAUGAUGAUUAUGAUGAUGAUCAUGAUGAUGAUCGUGAUGAUGCUGAUGAUGGUGUUGACGAUGAUAAUGGUGAUGAUGAUCAUCAUGAUGAUGAUGACGGUGAUGCUGAUGAUGAUAAUGGUGAUGAUGGUGUUGAUGAUGAUGAUGUUGAUGAUGAUCAUGAUGAUGAUCGUGAUGAUGCUGAUAAUGGUGUUGACGAUGAUGAUGGUGAUGUUGAUGAUCAUCAUGAAGAUGGUGACGGUGAUGAUGAUGAUGAUGAUGGUGAUGAUGAUGAUGAUGAUGAUGAUGACGAUGAUGCUGAUGAUGAUGAUGAUGAUGGUGAUCAUGAUUAUGAAUGAUGAUGUUGAUGAUGAUGAUGAUGGUGAUGAUGAUGAUGAAGAUGAUGAUGAUGGUGAUGAUGAUGAUGAAUGA